AAAACCGGAAAGGUUUGGCGGAACAUUUGAACUGUUUGAAGGGAUAAGACUGAACUACAUGUACUUCCCCUGUUCCCAGAACCAACACUUUGAAAAUGAUACAUCAUAUCAAGUAGAUUUGGAAUUCUCCUUAAAGAGUAGAUGGACAGGAUACAUGUAUACAUUUAAUAAUUAGCAGUAAUUGUAAACAUGGCAACACUAGAGAAUUUAGCAGAAAGUUUUGAUGGUCGACUAGAAUGCAUGCGCACACUUGUAGAUCUACAGUUUGCAGCAGAAGAGGUCGACUGUAACAAACAUUUUGAAACCUUGUUGAAUGAAGUUGAAAAACUUGAAAAUGUCUUGUCUGUGAUGAGAUCUGUGGUUCAAAAACAGAAGGAAGAAACUAAACAAAUACAGGAGGUUAAGUUGACAUUUGAAAGUCUGAUUAGCCAUUUGCAGUAUAGUUGUCAACAUGUUCCUGUACACAUACCACAACCAGCAAAGAAGGAGGCUGUUCUCCAGGAUGCAAAAACUAAAAAAGAGAGCCAGACAAAUACAGUGAAAAGUGGUAAUGGUACCAAUAAAAUAAAAUCUGCAGAAAAAAAUGAGAAAACCUGUAAAAAGUUAGGAAAAUUAGAUGUGUAUGUACCAACAGUGGAAUAUGUAACAGUUGAAGAGUUUGAAGGAGUACCCAAAUACAUGAAAGGGCGUUUAACAUACACCCAAGUGAAUGGUGCAAUAGAUGAAUUAAACAAGCCAUUAAAGGAAAAAUACAAAAUAUUAUCAAUGAAGAGGACAACGUUGAAUGAUGUUAACAGGAAAAGAUAUGAAAAAUUCAAGUUACAGGAAACAAAAGACACAGCAGGAGAAUAUUUCAUAGUGGAGGAAGACAUUAAAGAAUUUUCAACUUUAAAAAUGGACAAUGUUGGACGUGCUAUAUUGACUGUUCUGCGGCACUGUGGUCGAAUGAAGGAAAUUAGAGGAGGUGGUCACAUCAGAUAUGCUUGUCUCCCUGUGUACUGAUUAUAAUCAGAUCAAACUAUGCGUUUAUUAUCCUUCAAAAAUAGGUCAAUAUAUCUAUUGACUGGUAUGGCCAUUGAUUUGACUCCAUCAAAAAUGGUCGCUAUAUCUAUUGACUCAUAUGGCCAUUGAUUUGACUGUAUCAAUCAAAAAGAGGUGGCUAAAUCUAUUGACUCGUAUGGCCAUUAAUUUAACUGUGUCAAUCAAAAAUAGGUUGCUAUAUAUAUUGACUGGUAUGGCCAUUGUUUCGCAUGGAUUAGAAACUGGUUACACAUUAUAGAUCAUUAUACAUGUAUGCUUAUUUUUUUAUAUGACUGAAAAGUAAAGUGGGUGGAAAAGGUCUGUUUAAUCAAAAUUACAAAAGGGCCAUUUGCAAAAUGUACAAAGUAUGUAUUUAUGAUGGGAUAGUGGUAUUUAAAAAUAUGCCUCUUUUGUUUAAAGAGAAACAAAAUAAAGUGAAAAAAGAAAUGUUUAUAGACUUUUGAGCAAAUGAUAUUUUGUGUUAGAAUUAAAAAUAGCUUAAAAAUAUCAAUACCAUAAUGGUUAUAACCCUAUUGACCAAGACCUACAGGUCAAAUAAUGGGUAUGAUAGUUAUUUUUGGUAUACUUAAUUUGGUGGGUAAGGGUUAACAACAAAUUUAAAUGUUCAACAAAGCACAAAUUUUCUAUACGCUAGUAUGCAGACUUUGGUAAAACUAAUAUCGACAAAAUACAAGUUUCAUCAAUCAAUGAAAAUCAGUGUCCAGGAAAAUAGAUAAAUCCAUAGUAUCCUUUAUCUGUUUAGUCAGAGUUUGCCUUGGUCUCCCUCAUCAGCUACUUAAACUUGAUGAUUUUAUUUUUUGAUUUUUUGAUCAACCAAUAAAGAAUCACAGAAACUGAAUACUUGAUAAAUAUGUUUCUUGCUGACCCACUGUCUACUGUAAAGAGCAUCACACAAAAUGAAUAGACAUCAUAAAAUAGAUUAAAAGGUAAAGAGAAAAUAAAAUGUUAAAAAAUUUAAGUGACGUGUAAGAUUUUUAAAAUCCUGAAACAGACAAAAUACACAUCAUUGCUUUAAAAAGCUGUUCUAUUCAUAUAAAAUGUAUAUCUUACAAACAAUAAAAUAAUAUUAGUCAUG